AUGCAGCCCCUGAGCGUGACUGACCUUCCGCCUGUACAGGGCCGGGCCCGCUCCCGAUUCCCACCCCGUGCCGGUGCGGAGCCGGUGCUGGAGCCGCCCCCGGCUGGGCCGAGCCGUACGGAGCCGGCACCGCCCCCGGGCUAUAUAUCCUCUCCGCGGCGCUGGCUGGCUCCCGUUCCCAUGGCGGCAGCGACAGCGGCGGAUCCGGGUCCGACAGCGGGCGGCGAACAACACCCCGACCGCAGCGGUAUCACCGCGGGCAACGGCACCGGUAGCGGCACCGGCAGCGGUACCAAGAGCAGCAGCAGCCCUGGGUCGGUGGAGCUGGCGGCGGCGCGGCGGAGGCUGGUGGCGGCCGAGUGUCGCCGUCGGGCGGUGGCGGAGCUGGAGGGCCGCGUCCGGCAGGUUCACUGCGCCCUGCGGCACGCAGAGCUCCGCCUGGCCGCCCGCGCCGAGGCGCUGGGCAGAUUGGGCACCAGCGUGGCACAGGCCCAGUUAGCGCUGGCAGCGCAGAGCCAGCGGCUGCAGAAGGGGCUCCGCCGCCGCCCCCGGCCCCGGCCCGCCGCUCUCCUGGCCGCCGCCCGCGCUCUCCGCAGCUGCGUCCCCUGGGCCCCUGCCUGUUCCCGUGGUAGCGCAUCACCGGCUGCCGCUGCACGGCGGCUGCCCGCCUCCCCCCGCAGCCCAGCCUAG